GGCUACCCCACCCUAGGCAGGUGAGUGUGAGCAGUGCCCUCCACCCUACAUGCGGACUGCCAGCCUAUCAGGUAUUUCCAACUCUCCACCUUCUGAACCUCUUGUGACUGCCCCAGCUCCCUCUGUCCACUCUUCCGGUAUCCAUUCAAACCCUUGUCCCCUUUGCUGUCCCAUCUCCCUCUUUGACGAAUCCUCGUGCAGUAUGGAUACGUCAGUGAGCUGGAAAACUCCCGGCGUUCACACAGGGGGUGUGUCGGGGUCUGGAGUGAAAGGACCCUGCCCUUUCAGAGCUCGAAAGGUAGCAGAAACUCAAGUGGAAUGCUGGAUCCCCUACUCGGGCGGGCAUUGUGAAGCUCAAAAUGAGGGAGUAAAACGUAAAGGUUUUGGCCCCUCCGGGGGUCAGCCAAGAGGAAAGGGAAUGUUGGCUGCACCGGGAUUCGGACCAGCUGGUAGCUAGCUGGGAGAUCGACUCUGGGAGCCGACGCCAGGCCAGGCGUGGAUCGAGGGGCGGCUAGGAGACUGGCCCCGCCCCGUGGACCCCGCGCGGGUCCCCAGACGGGGGGUGGCGCUGCGGGCGCGGGCGGGCGCCGCGCGCACUGCGGUCCCCGCGCCUCCGCCGCAGAACGCGCCACGCUCCGCACGCACCUGCCGCCGCCGCCGUCGCCUCUGUCGCCACCACCGCGCCGAGCCUUGCGUCCAGCACCAGCGCUCGCGCCCCUGGGUGCCGCCUGCGCCCGCCAUCACCCAAGGUCUCCACUGGAGCCGCGGGAGCUAUCAGAGCCACUAGAGCAGGAGAGCCAAGGUGUGAGCGCCGCAUCCGGGCCUGCCUUUGAGACAACCUCUGCUGCGGCGGCGGCGGCGGCGGCGCAGCCGGGGAACGCCAGGCUGGGGCAGCUCGGGCCUGGUGCAGGCCUCUCCAUUGCUGUUGCCGCGGAGCCUGCAGCCCAGGUCCUCCGGCAGCCAGGGAUCAGGCUAGCUGCCUUCCCUGGGCGCCCUGUCCUGGAGCCAUGGGGCCCACGUAGCCCCUGCCUGCCCAGAUGUCCCGGCCCAGGGACUGCUGACCUCUGCUACAGGAGGAGGCCCCUCCACGCCCCCUUGCCAGCUUCAGCAGACAGAGACCCUGGGUGAGCCUCACAGCCCAAAACAGCCUCCCAUACCCCCUUGUCCCCGCCUGCUUCCCCCUCCCCCUCCUCUUCCUCCUCCUCUUCGGACUGAACCAGAUAAGCCAUUGUGGCCACUGGGAGGGGGGCUGCCCUCCAAGCUAUCACCGGCUGCCCCUUGCAGUCCACAGAGCAACCGUGGUCCUCACCAGGCCUGGCAGGACCAGGAUGCAGCCCCUUCUCUUCCCCCAAGGCCCCACCCAACACCCCCACCUGUGCCAACGUCCAGUCUGACUGUAGAGAGCCGAAUGCCAGCUGACCCUGGGCCUGAGGUGGGCAGUGGAUGGCCAGGCCUCCUCAUGUCCUGCCUGAAAGGCCCCCAUGUCAUCCUCAAAAUGGAGGCCAUGAAGAUUGUCCACCCUGAGAAGUUCCCGGAGCCCCAGGCGGCCACCCCCUGCUUCCCACCGGUACCCAGGCCCACUCCCACUCUGGCCCCCAAGCGUGCUUGGCCCUCAGAUACAGAGAUCAUUGUCAACCAGGCAUGUGGGGGGGACAUGCCUACCUUGGAAGGAGCCUCCCACACUCCACCUUUGCCAAGGCGGCCCCGCAAGGGCAGUUCUGAGUUGGGCUUCCCUAGGGUGGCACCAGUGGAUGAGGUCAUUGUAAAUCAGUAUGUGAUUCGACCUGGCCCACCAGCCUCUGCACCUUCAUCAUCUGGGCCAGUGAUAGCAGGUGAGCCCCUGGAAUGUCCCACCUGUGGGCACACAUACAACGUCACUCAACGGCGGCCCCGAGUGCUGUCUUGCCUGCACUCGGUGUGUGAGCAGUGCCUGCAGAUUCUUUACGAGUCUUGCCCUAAGUACAAGUUCAUCUCCUGUCCCACCUGCCACCGUGAGACUGUGCUCUUCACUGACUAUGGCCUGGCUGCACUGGCUGUCAACACAUCCAUCCUGAGCCGUUUGCCACCUGAAGCCCUGACUGCCCCAUCUGGUGGCCAGUGGGGGGGUGAAUCUGAAGGCAGCUGCUACCAGACCUUCCGGCAGUACUGUGGGGCUGCAUGCACCUGCCAUGUGCGGAACCCACUGUCUGCCUGUUCCAUCAUGUAGUAUCCACCUGCCCACUGCUGCCUGCAGGCCCUUGCUCGCUGCUUCUUCAGGGAACUGGCUUUGUCCUGUUGCCCGCUGACCCUUUCUUGCCCACUGUGGCUUCUGGCCCUACCCUGCGUGGCAUUGUCGCUGCAGCCAACUUUGCCAUUAAAACUCU